UCUUCCCACUACUCGCUUCGCUUCUGAUUCCGUCAGACCACCACCACUCGCCAUGGGACCUGCCGCCCAGUCUCGACUCCUCCUGCUCCUGCUCCUCGCCGCUACCGCCGCCGCCGGCGCCGCGCCGGUGGACGAGACCUUCCUCCGCCUCCCCUCCAACGCGCGGCCACUCACCCCCAAGACCCCCCGCUCCGUCGGCGCCGACCUCAUCCGCGCCCUCAACCUCCACCCCACCGACGCCUCCCCACGCCGCCCCGGCGGCGUUGGCCUCGGCAGCGACGCGGUCCCGGCUGGAACCCUCGUCGAGAGGCCGAUCCGCCUCGCGUCUCUGGUGGCCGGAAGCGACGCCGACGGCGGCAACACGUCGGUGAGCAACCUCGGCCACCACGCCGGGUACUACCGCCUCGCCAACACCCACGACGCCAGGCUCUUCUACUUCUUCUUCGAAUCGAGGCGCCACAACAAGGAGGACCCCGUGGUGAUCUGGCUGACCGGAGGCCCCGGAUGCAGCAGCGAGCUCGCCCUCUUCUACGAGAACGGGCCCUUCCAGAUAGCAGACGACCUGUCGCUCGUCUGGAAUGAGUUCGGCUGGGAUCAGGAAUCGAACCUUAUCUAUGUUGAUCAGCCAACUGGGACUGGGUUCAGCUACAGCUCCGAUUCGCGCGAUACCCGCCACAAUGAAGCAAGCGUUAGCAACGACCUCUAUGACUUCCUGCAGGCCUUCUUCAAAGAGCACCCGCAGUACGUUGACAAUGAUUUCUAUAUAACCGGGGAGUCAUAUGCUGGGCACUACAUCCCUGCCUUUGCAACUCGCGUGCACCAGGGGAACAAGAACAAUGAUGGCAUUCACAUCAAUUUGAAGGGUUUUGCAAUCGGUAACGGACUAACAGAUCCAGCGAUACAGUACAAGGCAUACACUGAUUAUGCGUUGAAUAUGAGUUUAAUCACGGAGUCGGAGUUUAACAAGAUCAAUAAAAUUGUUCCUGCUUGUGAAUUGGCUGUCAAGCUUUGUGGUACCACUGGCACUGUAUCUUGCCUUGCUGCCUAUUUUGUUUGCAAUACAAUAUUCAGUUCCAUCAGGUUGAUAAUCGGGAAUAAAAAUUACUAUGACAUCAGGAAGCCAUGUGUGGGGAGCCUAUGCUACGAUUUCUCUAAUUUGGAGAAGUUUCUCAAUCAGGAGUCUGUCAGAGAGAGCCUAGGAGUUGGAGAUAUAGAGUUUGUUUCCUGCAGCCCGACCGUUUAUCAGGCUAUGCUGUUAGAUUGGAUGAGGAACCUUGAACUUGGAAUCCCUGAACUCCUUGAAGACAACAUCAAAGUGCUUAUCUAUGCUGGAGAGUAUGAUCUCAUAUGCAACUGGCUAGGAAACUCAAGAUGGGUGAACUCUAUGGAAUGGUCUGGAAAGAAAGAUUUCGGGGACUCAGCUGAGAAACCCUUCACGGUUGAUGGCAAAGAGGCUGGAGUUCUAAAAAGCUAUGGCCCUUUGAGUUUCUUGAAGGUCCACGAUUCUGGCCACAUGGUGCCGAUGGAUCAACCGAAGGCCGCCCUGGAGAUGCUGAAGAGGUGGAUUUCAGGAAACCUUUCCGAUGCGUCUGCAAGCUCCAAGAGGCUGGACUUCGCCAUGUGAUCUGCACACCACGCAAGAGUAGCAUGGCUCCGCCUUGAAUCCGUGUAAUGUAUCUAGUGCACGUAGUACCUUGGGACGAUCUUAGGUGACGAGAUGCUCGUUCGCGGCCAUACAUAUGAUAUUUCCCUUGCAUGGUGCUCGAGGAGCAUGUAAUAAAGGCCUUUCAGAGGAUUGUUGCGGACAGAGAAGCGAAUGCAUGAUGAAGGCUUGGCUUGUGACA